AUUUUAGUGAUAGAAAAUCCAUGCUAAAGCAGCGGGACCUAAGCCUGUCCCCGUGUAAACAGUCAUCACUGUCAAGCUGUGCCAAAGCUGUGUUCCAGGAUGCUCCCGAGGAAAGCCCAGCCUUUCUCUUCCCUCCUUCCUUGAAAUCCCAGCUGCCAUAGAAAUCCUUCUCUCCAACACCACUGGAACUCUCAGAAGCCUUUUACUUCUAACUGUAUAACCCUAAAAUUUGUGGAUGAAAAAGCCCUCUCUAACUGCAAUUCAUCUUCCUGGCUUGUUAGUGUAAGGAAAAGACACUGCAGGCACCUGACUGAAGAACAUCUGCUGAAACCCUCUGAGCUAGAAUGACCACUCAUUCAUGGCACUAGCAAUAUAAGAAAAUAUUAAACAAAAAAAAAGACACUGAGAAGAAAUUAAAGCAUUUAAAGGCUCAAACUCUGGAAAUAGCAGAAACUACUGGAAAAGAAGGCAAGAACGCUUCAGUGUACAUCUGGAAACAUGAAAGAGUUCCUAGCCAAAGCCAAAGAAGACUUUUUAAGAAAAUGGGAAAGCCCCCCUCAGAAUACUGCUGGCCUAGAUGAUUUUGAGCGGCAAAAAACCCUUGGAACAGGAUCAUUUGGGAGAGUAAUGAUGGUGAAACAUAAAUCCACAGAACAGUAUUAUGCUAUGAAGAUACUGGACAAACAGAAGGUCGUCAAACUGAAGCAGAUAGAACACACACUGAAUGAGAAGAGGAUAUUACAAGCAGUGAACUUUCCUUUCCUUGUUAAACUGGAGUAUUCUUUUAAGGACAAUUCUAAUUUAUACAUGGUAAUGGAGUAUGUUCCUGGUGGAGAAAUGUUUUCACAUCUAAGAAGAAUCGGAAGGUUCAGUGAACCACAUGCACGGUUUUAUGCAGCUCAGAUAGUGCUAACAUUUGAGUACCUCCAUUCAUUAGACCUCAUCUACAGAGAUCUAAAGCCUGAAAAUCUUUUAAUUGAUCAGCAAGGAUACAUCCAGGUCACGGACUUCGGCUUUGCAAAAAGAGUAAAAGGCAGAACUUGGACGUUAUGUGGGACUCCAGAAUACCUGGCACCUGAAAUAAUUCUCAGCAAGGGUUACAACAAGGCAGUGGAUUGGUGGGCACUAGGAGUGUUAAUCUAUGAAAUGGCAGCUGGAUAUCCCCCAUUCUUUGCAGAUCAGCCCAUUCAAAUUUACGAGAAGAUUGUGUCUGGCAAGGUGAGGUUCCCAUCACACUUCAGUUCAGACCUAAAGGAUCUUCUAAGAAAUUUACUCCAGGUAGAUUUGACCAAACGAUAUGGAAAUCUCAAGAAUGGUGUAAAUGACAUAAAGAAUCACAAGUGGUUUGCAACUACAGAUUGGAUUGCCAUUUAUCAGAGAAAGGUAGAAGCUCCAUUCAUACCAAAGUGCAGAGGUCCUGGAGAUACCAGCAACUUUGAUGACUAUGAAGAAGAAGAUAUUCGUGCUUCUCUAACAGAAAAAUGUGCAAAAGAAUUUGCUGAUUUUUAGUAGGAGUAAGAGGACAAGAUGACAUCAGGGCUCACAUUGGGAUCUUUGCACUCUGUUAACAGAUGAGGUGGAGCUGAGACCAUCAUAUGUCAAAACAGUUACCUAGUUACUUCAUUCCACAAAGCUGACUGAGGUCUUUAUUGCCAUCUUCCAUGUGUGCAGUUUGCACCAACCCUUCUAACUAGGCACAAUUAAGCAAGCACUGUUUGUGCAGUAACACAGAAUAAUAGACCACUUUCCUACUUAACUUUGGUUUCUGUCGUUCUUUGUUUCUGUGUAUUGUUCAUUUUCCCCCUUUGAAAUGAAGUAGUUUUUUACCCAAGAAUGCUCCAUUUUAUUUUGAAUUAAUGUAUUAUUUGUGUGAGUGAAAUGGAAGGUGUUGCGGCUAGUGUGAUUUAGACUGAAGUGAAAGAUAAAUGUUGCUUCUAGUCUGUGCCAGCCAAUAAUUCAUGUCUGUCUUGUGUCUGAUGCUACAAUUUAUAAUAAUUUUUUAGUAGCUCAGACUAAACCUAGCCAACAUUUUUAGCAUUUUUGAAGGUAGUAUUUAUCGCCAUAUAAAUGUCUGCUAAAUUAACUUAAAAACAUUUCUUCUUGGAGGCUGACCAAAAUUCAGUAGAAUCAAUUGGAUGGCUUAAGUAGGGGACAGUAGCUAGACCCCGUGCCUUGGUUUUCUACAUCCCUGCAGUUUUCGUCCCUGCCUCCUUCCUUUGUAUUUCCCACCUAGGCAGUAGGCAGGUUGCCAUAACCAGACUGUACCAUGGAAAGCUUGCAGUCUCAUCAGAGGGAGUAAUUCCACCUGGUCUGGACUUUGGACCAUAUUAAACCAAGUCAACUUACCAGCAUUUCAGUUGGCAGGUGUGAAAUGGCUUGUUUAAGAUCAAGAACCCUAAACUCUUAAAGGAAGUUUUGGUCAGUACUGUAGAGAAUUCAUUUUGAUUCACUUUUUCUUCUUCUGUUUUUUUCUUAUUUUUUUAAAAGUAGCCAAUGUUUCGGCUCCCAAAGUAUUCCUUGCUUCAAGCCUUUUUUGACUAAAAAAGGCAUCCAUUAGAAUAAAAACCAUCAUGCCACAGAAAGCAAAAUGCGCUCUGCCAUUAGCUAUGAAAAACAAGUGGUUUAGCAAAUGCAAAAUAAUGUUCUAGAUGCAUCGCUGGAUGAACACGGUUAUUUUUUGUUAGCUGUUAAGAAUAAGAGGUUAUUGCCAAGUUUUUAUUCUGGUAUACUAUAUUAGUAAACUGAGGAUGGAGUACUGCUACAAUCAUUUUCUUUUUAAUUACAGCACUUCAUUCAUGAAGAAAAGAGAUCAAGUUUAAAAACUGCAACAGCUGAGUUUAUUUUAGUUGCGUUGUGUCUUCAUUUCCUAACCUACUUUCUUUCAAUCAAUCAGAAUGUAUGGUCACACAGAUACAAGUAUUUGGGUUUAAUUAUGUUUUGUAUACUCUCACCAACUGACUUAAAAGGUAUUGCUACCAUGUGCUAGCUUUGGGCACUUUUACACAUUUAUUUCAAUGUUAAUAAUCAGCGGCUCAGCACUUUUUUCGGGGUUGCUUUUAAACUUAUUCAUAGUAGUUUUAUUUGAACACUUGGUUCUGGCUGUCUCAGUGACCUGUCUUAAAACAGCACAUCUAAAAGUUUAAACUAGACUCAUGUUUUAUGAUAAAUUUACAUGCAUACAAGGAUGAAUUGUUUUUUUAAAAAAUGAGCUAUAUUGAUACAUAGCCAUUGGAUUUGUUUGAAUGCCAGUGCAAAUAAACAGCUGGCGUUCCUUCCUUUUAAUCUGUACGACGCUCCUAAAAGAAAGGCCUUUGUAGACAUUUUACAAAAGAGUAUGAAACAUACCACCCAAUGUUCUGUCUGUUUAGGUUGUUGAGCAUUUUUGCACAACGUCAUUAGGAGGCUGACACUGAAUGCAGUCUUUGUCCACCCAUAUUUACAUACAUGCAAGAAAAGUAUAAGAUACUUUGCUGUAGCAAAUUUUAUGUAACAAAGAUAUAUCGUCACAUUAAUAAAUUUAAAGAAAUCCUUUGUAUGAAAAUGUUAAAAUCUUUUGUAUUUCAUUUAGACCAAGGACAUGCUGCUGUAUGCUAGCUGUAUGCGAUAAAUUCUACAGUAACUUUGUUGUCGUUUAUGAACUUUAAAAGAUUUUAAUAAAUGUUGAAGAUCACAAUUUGAUUCUGUUAUGAUUUUAAUUUUUAAUCAUUACAUUUGUAGUUCUAGAAAGGUUCAAAGAUUUUUCUGUUCUGUAAAAUACUGUAAUCAUUCAUCUUGCGUGUACAAUAAGACAAAAGUCUAGGAAAUUGGUUCUGACAUGUCUGUCUGAUAUCCAGAUUAAAUUCUACACGGGCAUAAGUGGAAAAGUCAUCAUAAUGCCAUGAUAUUAUGCUAUUUUUUAAUUUUAUGAAAAUCCUGUUAGAAAGUAAAACACUUUUCCAAUAUGGCAUAAUAGACUUCAGUAUGGAAAUGAGAUUCUAUUUUGGAAAAGGAGGGGAAGUGUGCAAUUUCCAAGGCAUUAGUGAGUACAUUUGACAAUGUGAGUAUUAUACAACCCUCUCAUUUAAACACAGUCAUGAAAUAUAACUACAGAAUAUUAUGUUACCUGUAUUUAAUUUGAAAAAUCCUUUUCACAAUAUGGAAAAAUUGUAUAUCUAUGACAGUAGAAGCUUGUUAAUUUUACACAUUUGAGGAAUUAAGUGUUGAACUAUAUGGUAUAUUUUAAUUGUACUCUAGUUGUAUGUAACUUUCAUUUCCAACAUAAAGGAUUGUAUCUCAUUAAGUAAAUUGCUUUUUUUAUUAUCUUGUCAGUUGCAUUAAAACCCUUAUUUUUAAAUCCUUUAAAGUAUUUUACUAAUUUUUGCAAAUAAUUAGAUGUUUUUAAGUGCUGCAAUAGUGUGCAAUAGUAAACAUUUAUAUACGGAAGUGCAAAUUAAAUUAUGUACAACACUUGUGCUGCUUCUUUGUGAAUCAGAAUGUUGUAUGAUGACAGUUGUUGCACCUCCCCAUGUGUGAGCAGAGUUUGAGAGCAAGAGGAAGAGGUUGUGAAACCUACUACACAUAUGAGUUGGGGCACAGUAAGCUUUACACUAACUAGGGUGUCUGGAGAAGGUGAUGUGGAGAACAUUAAAGGCACUAUGAGAAGUCUUGGACUUCUUAGACAAUCAAAAGCAAGCAAGGUGAUCAUUAGCUUCAGUAUUGUUUGUCUUCAUUUUAUUUUCAUUCAGACUCAAUGCUUUUUAUUAAAGAUAAUUGCCUGUUUUUAAACUGUCUGCAGAUCCCGCUGUACAAACUUUGUGCUGUGUCUCAUUGUGCUGUGAAACAACUGAUAGAAGUAAAGACUGUUCAUGGUCUUGGCA